GGUCGGGCGCUGGGAUCCGCGGGGCCUGAGAGGGAAAAAGGCGACGGGGAGGAAGAGAGGGAGCAAGUGCUGACGCCCCCCCCCACGCUCCUCAGCCCGUGGGAGCGGCCCGGCCCUGAGGGGGGAGGGGAGGCCAUUUUGUCCCGCCCGCCCGACUGACUGACUGACUGACUGGAACCGAGCAGCGGCGCCGGGCUCCUCGUCCGUGCCCGUGAGGCGGCGGUGGCGGUGCGGCGGAGGGGCCGCUCCCGCGCCUCCCAAUGGCGAAGAAGACGUACGACCUGCUCUUCAAGCUGCUCCUCAUCGGGGACUCGGGGGUGGGGAAGACCUGCGUCCUCUUCCGCUUCUCCGACGACGCCUUCAACACCACCUUCAUCUCCACCAUAGGAAUUGACUUUAAGAUCAAAACUGUUGAAUUACAAGGAAAGAAGAUCAAGCUACAGAUAUGGGAUACAGCAGGCCAGGAGCGAUUUCACACCAUCACCACCUCCUACUACAGAGGGGCUAUGGGAAUCAUGCUAGUGUACGACAUCACAAAUGGUAAAAGUUUUGAAAACAUCAGCAAGUGGCUAAGAAACAUAGAUGAGCAUGCCAAUGAAGAUGUGGAAAGGAUGCUGCUAGGAAAUAAGUGUGACAUGGAAGAUAAGAGGGUCGUACUUAAAACUAAAGGCGAGCAGAUCGCGAAGGAGCAUGGUAUUAGGUUUUUUGAGACUAGUGCAAAAGCAAAUAUAAACAUUGAGAAGGCAUUCCUCACAUUAGCAGAAGAUAUACUCCGAAAGACCCCAGUAAAAGAGCCCAACAGUGAAAAUGUAGAUAUCAGCAGUGGCGGGGUAGUGACAGGCUGGAAGAGCAAAUGUUGCUGAGCGUUCUCCUGUUCCAUCAAUUGCCAUCCACCAACCCUUUUUCUCUUCUUGCUGCAAAAUAAACCACUCUUUCCAUUUUUAACCUAAACAGAUGUUUUUGGCCCUCACCUCAAGUCUCACCCUCACUUUGUCCUUUCAUCUGUAACCGCUUGCUGAUAUAAUUUUCUCCAAACAAAAAAAAUGUAUAGAAAAAUCAUGUCUCACCACUACGUUUUGGUUGUAUUAUAGUCCAGUUCCCAUGAACAUUAAAACCCAUAGCAAUCACUUCAACUCUUCUGCAAAUUGUGUAAGAAUAAAAGUUAGAAUUAACAAUUUAUUUUGUACAACAGUGGAAUUUUCUGUUAUGGAUAAUGUGCUUGAGUCACCAUAAUCUAUAAACAUGUAUUAGCGCAAAAAAAAAAAAAAAGCCAGGAACACACUCAUUUUCACUUUGAGUAUGUCAGUGGGUUAAUUUUGUCCUGUGCCUUAUGUGGAGAGGAUCUUAUGGUUUUUUUUGUUGUUUUUUUUUUCCUUUAUUUCGCUCUGGUGGAAGCAUGUGCAGGAGACGUGUAAUCCAAACGUGACCAUUUUUAAAUAUUAAAACUUCUGUGGUUUGCUUGGC